GUGAUAUUUUAAUAUGGUCGUUCGAUAUGCUCGUUUUAAAAAUGUGCUCAUGUGCAUUAAAUGUUGACGGAUCGAGGGUAAUUUGAAUCGCAAAAUGUUUAACGUCAUCGAUAGCCUUGGGAUACACCUGUCUGUAAAUUAUAAUCCUUAAUUGUACAGGUGAAAAUUGGAUAUGUUUAUACAUGCUAGUUCUAUGUAGAUAUUUGUACAUAUUAAGUCUGAUCAUGCAUCGAAUGAUAAUUUGCUUCCAACUUACGUUGGAUUCUAAAGAAGGUAUAAUAUUGAAUUUAAAAUUACGAUGGAUUAAUUACACGGGAAAAAGAGGCAGGUUUUUCGGAUUUUGAUACAGUCAAGAGCGUUUUAGGAAGUCCGAAAUUCUCUAUUUAUUAAGAUAUAUUCCUUAAUAAACAAAAUCCGCGAUGUACGUUUAACAUCCACAUAUUUAUUAAAUAAGUGAGUCCUGUACUUAAAUGUGAACAAAUUCAAUAUCGGCCACUGAGAUGUGAUAAACCACGUGUGGAUAGAUUAAGUCAGUCAAGCACCGUCGCUUGUCGACACUAGACCGGUCUCAAAGGCAGUUUUCUCAUAAACUUGAAAUGUUAUGAAUACGGGCCUUGGAAGUGCAGAGUCAGUGACAUAGGUGAGGAAGUGUAAGAAAAAUAUUGAUGAAGAAAUGUACCAGUGACGCAGCAUAUUUUUAUAAAUAUUUGAAACCACCUCCCCGUUGACUAAUCACAUCAAGUUAUAAUCAGGCAUAUGAAAGUUCGUCAAUCUAAUUUAAAGAUUAAGGAUUUUGCUGUAAUGUACAUAAUGCGAUUGGGCUCAUGAUAAGGUUUUCGUAAAACUGUAUGGCAGGUUUUAAAGUGGUGAAAAUGUAACCGUUGCAUUGUUACAGGUUAUCUGCUUGAGCGACUGAUUGAUGUUUAUUUAUAUCCAGUUUGUACGCUUCCAUCAGUCUACCGGUAAAGAUAGAUAAGACUGUACACCGUAAUAAUAGUUAAUAUUUACAUGACGCAUCGCGUGUUUUAAAAAUGAGUUGUGUAAUGAAUCAUUUGCAGCGUGUAGUUACCUUCCGAUUGUUCACGAUUGUUGUAUUGUUGGUUGUACCCAUGAUUCUGGUAUUUUUGUACGGCAGAACACAUUGUCAAUACGAGGCUCUGUAUGGGUUUGAAACAAGUUUGGAACGUAGAACUCACGUGGCACCGCUUACUGUAAUUAAGAAUGAACCAGCCAAACCACCGGAUCUAAUAAAGAAGAAGAAGAAGACAAUUUUGUACUGGACAAAAAUGUUUUCAAGUAAAAAUUUUUACUUUAGUGAACGGGGAGAAGAUGGUGACAUUUUUGCAAACUGUCCUGUCAGCUUUUGCAUGGGAACAAACGAUCGAAAUUAUCAACCUGUCGAGGAAUACGACGCUCUUCUGUUCCACGGUCCGGAAUUGAACGCGAGAGACCUGCCGAAAAGAAGAUCACCAAAUCAACGCUACAUUUUCAUGGAUUCGGAGACUCAGGUUUUCCACCCAGUACCGAACAGACCAGAAUUCAACAAUUUUUUCAACUGGACAAUGGCCUACAGGAGAGACGCAGAUAUCAUGAGGCCGUACGGGGUCUUCAGGAAACUUGGUACCAACGAGGUCAUACCUCCCUACAUUCCAGCACAAUGGUUGAACGUCUCCGACGGCAAGGUGUCCGAGUCUACGCGUCUCUUGUUUAAAAAGAAGUCGAAAAUGGCCGCGUGGUUCGUCUCUCAUUGUGGGACGAACAGUAAGCGAGAGAACAUUGCUGAAAAGUUGCAGAAAUACAUGACGGUUGACAUUUAUGGAAAGUGUGGUAAACUUCAGUGUUCGAGAGCCAAUGAGGACGAAUGCUACGAGCAAUUGGAAGAAGGAUAUUUCUUCUAUUUGUCAUUCGAGAACUCGUUGUGUCGUGAUUAUAUCACGGAAAAGGUUUACCGGAUCCUAGACUACGACGUGAUACCCAUCGUUUACGGUGCGGUUGACUACGAAACAUAUCUACCGCCGAAUUCCUACAUCAACGUCAUGGACUUUCCCUCGAUCGAGGCACUCGCCAACUUCCUCACGGAGCUCAGUAAGGACGAGGAGAGGUAUCUAAGCUACUUCAAAUGGAAAAGUUUUUACAAAGUUGACACCAGAAAGCACUAUAUCGUUUGUGAGUUUUGCGAGGCCCUCCAUGAUCCGCAUUUGCCGAAACAAGUUGUUGCCAACAUAUACGAUUGGUGGGCUAAAGGAUCGCAGUGUGUCCCACCUUUAGAAAUUAAUUAAUCGAGUGAACACUGCCAAUUAAGAAGA